AUGUCCAAUCGCCGUGCUGUGAGUGUAAAAGUACACCCCCUGGUUUUGCUCAACAUCUCGGACCACAUCACUCGGGUAUCCUAUGCAGGGCAUUGUGAUGGUGCCGACAUUGUCAUCACCAAUAGCUUCCAAUGUGUAACGGAUGAGAUGGUAUGUGUUCAGCACGCAUGCACACGGAUUCGACAGUAUGGUGAGAUUUUCCCCAACUCCACCCCUGUUGGAUGGUAUUCGGUGGCGGCUGGUGGUCCGCCUUCAAAUGAGGUACAUGCCUUUAUGGAGGGCAUCGUUGGUGAUGAAGGGGCCGAGUCUUUGGUCGCACUAGUGGUCCGGUCUGAUAAUGAGAUGGCUUGGUUGAGUAAGGAGAGCGAGACGUUGCCGAUCCAAGCCUAUGAGAAGAGUGUUGAUGGUAGUUUCAUAGAAUUGGAUGUGAGGGUGUGUAUGGAGGAUGAGGCUGAGAACAUCGCGGUAUCACAUGUGUCGAAGAAUGCUAAACAGGCUAGUGCUGCUGGUACGUAUGAGCAUGUCGUGGAGCCGACACUGGGUGCCAUCGCUAUGCUCAACAAGAAGGUCGAAUCGUUGUUGGAGUAUAUAAGAGCUGUCCAACGUCAGGAGGUGAGGUCCUCGUAG